AUGACCACGGACGAAGAGGAAACGUUUCAUCAGACUUACAAUGAGUUCCGCAGUGAUACAUUUACAGUGCCCACCAGAUCGAUGAUUGAAUCUUCGUAUCUCAACGCCACCUACGGAGAUUCAGUAUACGGAGAAGACGAGCUGACAUUAGCGUUGGAGCUGCGAAUGUGCGAAAUAACCGGGAAACCAGCAGCGUUAUUUUGUGCUAGUGGAACCAUGUCGAACCAGAUUGGGUUGAGGGUCAACUUGAUGCAGCCGCCAUAUAGCAUACUAUGCGACCACCGUGCCCAUGUAUUUUUGCACGAGGCCGCGGGGUUGGCCACCUUGAGUCAAGCGAUGGUGCACCCCGUGGUCCCACGCAAUGGCAGAUACCUCACUUUAGAAGAUGUGUUGCUGAAUGUCACUUUUGAUGAUGGCGAUAUCCAUGCUGCUCCGACCAAGGUGAUAUCGUUAGAGAACACCUUGCAUGGGAUCGUGAUGCCCGUGGAGGAGAUUGCGCGAAUCAGCCAGUUUUGCCGCGAGCAUGAUAUCAAGUUGCACUUGGAUGGUGCUAGACUUUGGAAUGCUUCAGUCGCGACUGGCGUUUCCAUCAAGGAGUACUGUCUGUAUUUCGACACUGUUUCCUUGUGCUUAUCGAAAUCCUUGGGUGCCCCCAUGGGGUCGAUAUUGGUUGCAUCAACAACGCAAAUGAUACGCAAGGCUAACCAUUUCAAGAAACAGAGCGGGGGUGGAAUUAGACAAUCCGGCCUAAUGGCUUCGAUGGCGCUAUAUGCCGUCGAGCACAACUUGGCGAAGAUUGCGAAAUCGCAUGCCUUUGCUAGACAAAUUGGCGAAUUUUGCCAACGAAAUGGGAUACUUUUGGAGUCGCCCGUGGAUACCAACUUUGUAUUUGUUGAUUGCAAAGCUAAUAAGAUGGACCCCAAUUUGUUGAUUGAGUUGGCCACCAGAAAGUAUAAUGUGAAAUUGAUGGGCGGACGUAUCGCGUGCCAUUUCCAAUUGCACCCGCUGAGCAUUGAACGGGUUGAAAAAUGUUUGUUGGAGUGUUACCAAGAGAGCUUGGUCAAUCCUCACCAGCCGGAUAACAAGAAUAAUAAGAAAAUGUACAAUUUCGAUGCCAUCAAGGCAAAGGGUAAUUUAAUAGAGUCAACCGAUUGA